CAAACCGACGAUCCAUCCCCUUGCUUGCUCCCCGAACGGGGCAAGAACACUCGUUUACCCGCCUCCUGUCUCCAUCGUCAAGAUGGAGAUCUCCGUGAAGACCCUCACCGGCCAGACCAUCACCAUCAAGGCCGAUCCUUCGGACACCAUCUACGUCGUCAAGGCGAAGAUCCAGGACCAGCAGCGCCUCGUCUUUGGCGGGGAGGAGUUGGAGGACGGGCGUACUCUGGCUCACUACGACGUCCGAGAUAACUCAACUCUCCACUUGGACCUGCGCCAGGCCGAGGAGGGCGUCCCCGCCGUGGCCGGCCAGAGCUCUGGCUUCGCCGUGGGGAAGCCCGAGCCCCGAGGGCGGUCGCACCCUGGCGGACUAUGGCAUCAAGAAUCAGGACACCAUUCACCUCCUACUGCCACGACGCUUCCGAGGUGAGACUUGAUGCAUGGGUGCUUGCCGGCUCAGUUUUCUACACGGUGUGGUCGAAAUAUGUUCUGUUGGCUAUUUGUCCCGUCGUAUGUACGGUGCAUGCAUGGCCUGCAAUAACCUAGCGCAAGAGUGCGUGUGAACAUGCCCGAGUUAAGUACAGUUUGCUACAAGCACUAUGCUGUCUAUACAUGCUUUCUCAGUCUCUGCUUGCUUGCCAUUAUUAAUACGAAACAAGUGCUAAAAAGAGCUUAUUGC